UACCCGGAAAAACAUGGAAACCACAUGAGUGUAGAAACUAGCGCUACACAAGGAGCUGCCGGGCAGGAUUGAGAAAACAGAUGAGAAUUAUAUCUAGGUAGGACCAUGAGGCUUCACAGCCAUCGGUCUGGACGAGCUGCGAGGAAGAGGAGGCAGAAACAAGAUAGUGCCGCCCAGUCAGUCUCUCUGUGUCACCAGCCGCAGUAUGUCAGGCUGAUGAAAUUUCUUCACAGACGGGGAUUUACCUCAACGCUGCUGCAGCCAGCCUUCUUCAAUGACACAGGCAGAGGGCUGCAAGCUCUCAAGACCAUAAAGCCUGGACAGCUGGUCAUUUCUCUACCAGAGUCCUGUCUCCUCACAACCUCAACUGUUCUGGACAGCUACUUGGGGCAGUAUAUCAAGUGCUGGAAGCCCCGCCUCUCUCCCCUGCUGGCGCUCUGUGUCUUCCUGGUGUGUGAGCGGCACCGAGGUGAGGCCUCUGAUUGGUUCCCCUACAUCGAUGUGCUGCCCGCCACUUAUACCUGCCCUGCCUAUUUCACCGAUGAUGUCAUGGCCGUUCUGCCAACCAGUGUGCGGAGACGGGCUUUAGAGCAGAGGGAGGCGGUGCGAGAAAUCCACUCCGUUAAUCAAGACUUUUUCAGAUCCCUGCAGCCACUCCUGAAUCAGCCCGUGGAGGAGGUGUUGACAUAUGAAGCGUUGAGGUGGGCGUGGUGUAGCGUCAACACGCGCUCUGUCUUCAUGUCCCACCCAUCCAACAACUUCCUGUUUGGACAGGAUGUUCAUGCUUUAGCUCCCUUCCUGGACCUGCUCAAUCACCGCCCUGACGUGCAGGUCAAAGCAAGUUUCAAUGACGUGACGAGAUGUUAUGAAAUCAGGAGCGUAUCCGGGACACUCCGCUACCAGCAGGCCUUCAUUAACUACGGCUCCCAUGAUAGCCAGCGCCUGAUGCUAGAGUAUGGAUUUGUCGCCCCCUGCAACCCCAACAGUGUGGUCUAUGUGGAUACAGAUCUCCUCUGUGACGUUUUAAGAGGUGACAGGAGUUUGGAUCAGAAGAUCAAGUUUCUCAGAGAGAACAAUUUCCUUCAUAACCUGACUGUGUCCAGUGAAGGUCCCAGCUGGAGGCUGAUGACGGCUCUCAGAUUGUUGUCACUGCCACAAACACUUUAUCACCACUGGAAGGCAGUGUUGCUCGGGCAGACGAUGUCUGAAGAAACAGAGGCAUGGAGCAUCCAGACAGCUCAGACUCUCUGUCAGCGACUACUACAAGACACACACACAGCUCUGGAUAAGAUCUCUCACCUCCUCCAGCAGUGUGACCAGUCAGUCAGGGAGCAGCUAGAUGUGGUCAAGUCACUGCGACAGGAGGAGAGGUGCAUCCUGGGAAGCUGACUUGAGGCACUGGGAAGCAUGUCGGGACAGCCAGAUGAACUGUUGUCAUGCCAACCUGAUGAUGACGCAGUGAGCUGACAUCCGAUUGGUACCCUGGCCUGCCAGUUGCUACAAGAAGCAAGGUUACUGGCUGAGCUGGUGAUGCUGGACAAUCUCCAUGUCCCUGCUCUGCUUGUCAGCGAGUACAGCUGACAAAAGCUGCAGGAUUGCCUAAUGUCCUGUAACCAGAGGGUCAAAAGUCUGAUUCCAGGUAUGCUGAAAGAGCCUGCACUGUUAAAACGGCCCAGAGAAGGACAGAGAGGGUCUCAUCACCACCAUUUAUUAAGCCAAGGAAAGGUUAAAUAUACAGUGCGCUAAUAUGACUGUAAAACUAUCCUUGUAACCUUUUGGACUCUUGUGAGACAGAAAAUGGUGACAAUGUUUUUAUUGUAAUUUUAGGAAAUAAGUUAUAUUCUAAUUAGAAGUAACAGUACAGCUCCAUUCAGGAGUUUUGUUUGAGAUUCAAGUAAU